AUGCCCAAAACCGUUUGGCCAGCUUCUUUGGCAGAGGCUCAAGCAACGUUACACAUACUUACCUGGACGGGAUCGAUGGGUGAUCAAGAAGGCCCAUGGUCUAGGUCAGUGACCUCCAUUGCACUGAGGAGGGGUGCUGGCCUAAGGUCUCCCCAAGAGGGAGAGCCUACGUCAAAAUUUGUGGCAGAGGGGGCUGCGCAAGUCGCGGCCCCUACUCAAUUCUAG